GUCACCCCUCGAGUCGCGGCGCUGUUGUACCGCCCACUGCCCUCUGAUUGGCUGCCGAGGCCCCGCAGUCGAGCCCAGCGCGCCGCGCCGCGCCGUCCUCAGUACAGCUCCGGCCGCCGUGCCGCCUGGCGCUCGUAUACCUUGUUCUCUGCGGGCUGUGGGGGCUUCGCGCCGCGGCCGUUAGUCAUGUCGGAUUCUGGAAGUUACGGUCAGUCUGGGGGUGAGCAGCAAAGUUAUUCUUCCUAUGGAAAUCAAGGCAGCCAAGGUUAUGGACAAGCACCACAAAGCUAUUCUGGCUAUGGACAAACUCCUGAGUCUUCAUAUGGACAGAACUAUAGCGGCUACUCCAGUUAUGGACAAAGCCAAUCAGGUUAUUCACAGUCCUACAGUGGUUAUGAGAAUCAAAAGCAGAGCUCAUACAGCCAGCAAUCUUAUAAUAACCAGGGACAGCAAAACGUGGAAUCAUCAGGAGGCCAAGGUGGAAGAGCACCUUCAUAUGACCAGUCAGACUAUGGUCAACAAGAUUCAUAUGACCAGCAGUCAGGCUAUGAUCAACAUCAAGGCUCUUAUGAUGAGCAGUCAAAUUACGAUCAGCAGCAUGAUUCCUAUAAUCAAAACCAGCAGUCCUACCAUUCACAAAGGGAAAAUUACAGCCACCACACACAAGAUGACCGUCGUGAUGUGAGUAGGUAUGGAGAAGAUAAUAGAGGAUAUGGCGGGUCACAGGGAGGAGGUAGAGGGCGUGGGGGAUAUGACAAGGAUGGAAGAGGUCCUAUGACAGGAUCAAGUGGUGGUGACCGCGGUGGCUUCAAAAAUUUUGGUGGUCACAGGGAUUAUGGACCCAGACCAGAUGCUGAUUCAGAAUCUGAUAAUUCAGAUAACAACACAAUCUUUGUACAAGGACUUGGGGAGGGUGUGUCUACAGAUCAAGUGGGGGAGUUCUUUAAACAAAUAGGAAUCAUCAAGACAAAUAAAAAGACUGGAAAACCAAUGAUAAAUCUAUACACAGACAAGGACACAGGAAAGCCAAAAGGGGAGGCAACAGUAUCGUUCGAUGACCCUCCUUCAGCUAAGGCAGCCAUUGACUGGUUUGAUGGAAAAGAAUUCCACGGCAAUAUCAUUAAAGUGUCCUUUGCCACCAGAAGACCUGAAUUCAUGAGAGGAGGUGGAAGUGGAGGUGGGCGACGAGGCCGUGGAGGAUAUAGAGGUCGUGGAGGCUUUCAGGGGAGAGGUGGAGACCCCAAAAGUGGGGACUGGGUUUGCCCUAAUCCGUCAUGUGGAAAUAUGAACUUUGCUCGAAGGAAUUCUUGCAAUCAGUGCAAUGAGCCCAGACCAGAGGACUCUCGUCCCUCAGGAGGAGAUUUCCGGGGAAGAGGCUACGGUGGAGAGAGGGGCUACAGAGGCCGUGGGGGCAGAGGUGGAGACCGAGGCGGCUACGGUGCAGACAGAAGUGGGGGUGGCUACGGAGGAGACAGAAGUGGGGGUGGCUACGGAGGAGACAGAAGUGGGGGUGGCUAUGGUGGAGACAGAAGUGGGGGUGGCUAUGGUGGGGACCGAGGAGGUGGCUAUGGUGGGGACCGUGGUGGGGGCUAUGGAGGAGACCGAGGAGGCAACUAUGGAGGAGACCGAGGUGGCGGCUAUGGUGGAGACCGAGGUGGCGGCUAUGGUGGAGACCGUGGCGGCGGUUAUGGUGGAGACCGAAGUGGCGGCUAUGGUGGAGACCGAGGCGGAGGCUAUGGAGGAGACCGAGGAGGCUAUGGAGGAGACCGAGGAGGCUAUGGUGGAGACCGAGGAGGCUAUGGAGGAGACCGAGGAGGCUAUGGUGGAGACCGAGGAGGCUAUGGUGGAGACCGAAGUGGGGGGGGUUAUGGAGGAGACCGUGGUGGUAGCGGAGGCUAUGGUGGGGACCGAAGUGGAGGCUACGGAGGAGACAGGAGUGGUGGCGGCUACGGAGGAGACCGAGGUGGAAGCUAUGGAGGAGACCGAGGUGGCUAUGGAGGCAAAAUGGGAGGAAGAAACGACUACAGAAAUGAUCAGCGCAACCGACCAUACUGAUGACUGUUUUGAAUGUUCCUUUGUCUCUGACAAGAUCCAUAGAGAAAUUGCCAGAGUUUGCCUGCUGCUUUCCUCGUGGCCUCUUCUUGGGUAGUGAAAUUAAGUGACAUUUGAAUUUUUAUUUGGGUGGGAGGGUGGAGACAGUUUUUCUUUUAGAAAUGUCAGUUGAAAUAUCCCCCUUUAGGUUCCAGCCUUCUCCUUCUCAACUCUUGAAGCUAAGUGCGUUGUAAAAUAUUGCCAAAAUGGAAAGUGUUUUGUAAUACUGCAAUAAAGAAUGCUUGUUUUGUGGA